CGCAUGCCGACGUUCCUCGGCGACUUCAUCUCACAGUAUGUCUAUGACGGCCAGUUACUAUCCGAGCACCGCAACAAGAGCGCGGACUGCUGCCGCUUCGUCGACGUCGCUGAGGGGAAGGAGACCCGCGCGGGCAUGAGCUGGAGGAAUGACAAAGAGAUACCUGCAGUCGUGACGCUGGCACGCGAGCUCAAGCGUAGCGGCAAGAUGUUCCGCGUCAUCACACCCUACGACGCGCAGCGCGGGGCUAUUGAGGCGGCGCUCAAGCAUGCAGAGCUACCUUGGGAGGAUACGGUCUUCAAUGUGGAUUCUUUUCAGGGCAACGAAUGCGCCCACAUCAUCAUCUCGCUCGUCCGCGCUGAACGCAUGGGCUUCCUCGCGCAACAACGGCGGGUCAAUGUCAUGCUGACACGGUGCAAGGAUAGUAUGGUGAUUGUGACGAAUAGGAAGUUCUUAGAGGGUGCUGGGGCGUCCUCACUGGUUGGAGAGCUAGCGCGGGUGUGCGGCGACGACGCUUGGAUGGAGUUACCGACGUGCGCUGGCAUGUAG